UUUUUAUUGAGUAUGAAAAUAUCCAGUGUUUUGGUAGUAAUUAAAGAUCGUCAGAGAGCCUCAUUCGCAGGACACUGAUAGUUCUAAAACUGCCAAUGCGCUUCGUUUAUUUAUUAUAUAUUCUAGUAUUUUUUGAAACUGUUGAAAUCAUUAGAAAUAAUUUCGUUCUAAUAUAGAAAAAUGGCUUGGAAAAUAUUUGCUUUGAAAUGUAUCGUAUCAGUGCUAAGCAUUUUCAUGGGAAUUACAGCCCUAAGUGAAAUUAUUUUCGCUACAAAAAGCAUUAGUGCAUACCCGACGACUGUGGCUUAUAUCAUGUUUUUUGCAGGUAUCAUCACCUUUGGUGUAUCCUGUUUUGGUAUAUGCGGUGUUUGUAACAAAAGUUUUUGCUUGAUGUCAACGUUUACAGUUGCUUUAUGCAUAAUGAUAAUAAUGCAGCUAAUAAAUAUAGCGCUGUUAAUGAUGGGUUAUAAUUUUGAUACCCUAGCGGAAAAAGCUAUUAAAUCUCUUUGGGAGCAGGAAAUUACAGCACCUGGAGCCAUGGAUGUACCGCAGACGAUGUACAAAUGCUGUGGUAAAUACAGAAAAGAAGAUUACUUAGAAAUUAUGCGUCCUAUAUCGAAUAGUUGUCGUGUUAGUGAAGCAGUCGAGGAUGUAUAUUAUGAAAAAGGAUGCAUUGAAGCUAUCCAAAACAUUCAUUAUAAUAUAACUGGUCCGACUGAUUUGAACGGGUGGUGUAUAUAUACUUUAUUUAUAUAUGGAGUAAUGUUUACUUUUGCUGCAAUUUUGGCAAUUAUAUUCCAAGACACUGAAGAGAACCUAUAUUUUGAUAUUUGAAAGAGAAAUAAAGAAUAUUAUUUGGUGCCGAAUAUUAUCUAAUUAACUAAACUAUAUGUAUAGAAAUUAACCGUGAGAACAAUAAAUUAAGAUGAACAUAUACAAGAAUA